AUGAAACUGACUCGAAAUAGUGAACUUAAUCCAUUUGAGGUCACUGAGAAGAAUCAAAAUUUGAUUGAACCCACAAUGUUACCGCAAACACCCUCGAAGUCACCAAGCCGACGAGGCAUCAUCAAAAGUGAAACCCCAGAAGCACCCAACGGUCUCAGUCCAGUCAAAACACCGAAUGGGCGGGCGGGUCUUGCCUCUCCAAGAAAGAGAAGUUUUCAGGAACUUAAUAAUUCUGCUCGAAAAAGGUCAUCUAGAACAUAUUCUCGACUUAUGGAGGAAGAUGAUGUUGAAGACGAGGAUGGAUUCUUAAGAGAUUUAGAAUUGCAAUUGGCGGAGGAAAUUAUCCGUGAAUCCAAGAUAGAUACGAAGGAUUCGGAGCCCAUAGUAAUGAGCGAACCACCCACGCUCGCUCUGCCUAAACGGAAGAGGGGACGGCCCACAAAAGCGGAAUCAGCAAAGCGACUAGGUCUAACAUUGGAACAAAUUGACUUAUCUCCUCGUCGACUGGAAAGACGUGUAGUUGCAGCCCGUAAAGCAGCAUUGCGGGAAGCAAAGCAGGAUGAGGAAGAGAAGAAGAGAACUCGAACUAAGCUGAAUUACUGGACGGAUGAAGAGUACGAUCUGGAAGAUGACGAAAAUGAGGAUGAAAAAGAAGAAGGAGAUGAAGAAGAAGAACCCAAAAAGGUAAAACAAAAAAGGGUCCCCAAGUCUAAGAAUGUGACUAGAAGACUGCCAAUAAAGCUGCCCGUGAAAGUUUCAAGUCUGCCCAGGCAGAAAAGCGCAACACCCGAGCGAAGAACUAAGAAAGGUAGACCCAGCAAACAGGAAAACGUCACUAAAAUAGUGAACAGCAUUUUCAAAAUGGAUGACAUAAAGUUUUUCCAGGAAAGCAUCAAUAGGUCUGGGAAAAGCAGUCCAGUGUCAUCCCCUCAAAUGACUGGGAACUACUUGAAUUUCAAUAAUACAGGAGAUAGCACAUUCUCAUCAAUACCAACCAUUUCAGGCAUUGGUAAGCCUACAAAGAACACAGAAGAAAUUGAUUUGGAUAAGGCUACUAAAUUCGAGCCAAUGCCCGUGCCAGAUGUGGAUGAAGAGGGCAAUGUCAAAGAUCCAGCAUUUCUCCAAAAGUAUUUUGAAGGAAUGGAACUUGUUUCUGAUACUAAUAUGAGACUCACAGAUGAGAGGGCUUUUUUUCUUGAAGGGUCUGAAGGAUAUUUUGAACAGCAUAAUUUGCGUUUCCGCCCCUCAUCAAAUUCUUUGACAGGCAAUGCACCCACAUUAACAUACGAAGAAUUUAUUCCCAACGUACAGCUUGGAACACUUAUUCACAGCCGAGAGAGAAAGGCACUUUACGAUCUCCAUAAGGAAUUGUAUCACCAAUGGUGCUUUGAAUUGAGUCAGGGAUAUAGUCUCAACUUCUAUGGGGUUGGAUCUAAGAGAAACUUCAUUCUCGACUUUGCGGAAGGUUAUCUUCUCGACUGGUACGAAAAAGUGAUGCAAGCUGAUGACGAAUUUCCUGUGGCCAUGGUGAUCAACGGAUACAAUCCUUCAACAAAGCUCAAAACUAUCAUUCAUGAGAUUAUAUCCGCGGUGAUCACUCCAGAAUUUCAAAAACAACACACUCUACGCAUGCCCAAGCACGUUUCAGAAGCAUUCCCAUUUCUAUUAAGUCACUUGAAACAACAGCAAUCGGUUCUGAAGAACAAUGGCCUCGUGAGACCAGACCUUAUUCUUAUUGUUCAUAACAUUGAUGGGGAUGCAUUCCGAGACGAGAGAUCACAAAACUACCUCUCUCAAUUGGCAGCACUCGAAAAUGUCUGGUUCAUCACUUCCACAGAUAACGUCAAUGCCUCGCUUUUGUGGGAUCUCAACCGAUUCAAGAACUUCAACUUCCUUUGGCAUGAUCUCACCUUAUACGAACCAUACAGUGUCGAAAUGUCAUUCAAAGACGUUCUAAGUGUUGGUCAGUCGAAGAAGUUUAUCGGAAGUAAUGCUGCACGUAUUGUGUUGAGCUCAUUGAGCACAAAUUCUAAGAAGUUGUACAAGGUUUUACUUCAGAUGCAGAUGAAAAAGCUCGAGGAAAAUUCCACCGAAUCAGCCAGACCUGGGCUUAGAGCCAAUAUAAAGCUUGCAGUGGAGUUCCGAAGUGUUUUCGAGAGAUGUCAGAAGGAAUUCAUCACUUCGAAUGAAAUCAACUUUCGGAAUCUUUUGCAAGAGUACGUGGAACACAAGAUGUGUACCAUCAGCAAGACUUCGCGAGGUACAGAGGUUUUGUUUGUUCCGUUCAGUUUUGCAGAAAUGAAGAAGAUUGUUGAUGAGGCGUUUGGGGAGAGCCAGCAAAGGUAA